CCAGCUUAAGCGACGAAACAGGAAGAUGGGGUCACAUGACGUAAAAAUGGCCGCUCGUUGAUUCCAUCUCGGAAAAGAAAAUAUGACUCCCUUACGCAAUUGGCUUCUUAUCAACACAUUCCUAGUUUACAUCGUCUUUUGUAGUGAUACACAGAACAGUGUCUGUUCUAAGACAUGCAGUAGUUCAAUGAACGGCAGCUAUGUCUACGACUUCUGCCAUGAACAAGAUCUCCAGCUUCAAGGCAGAUGUUGUGUCAAUGUCACAGGCUCACAACAAAUUUUAGGCCUUGACCUUCAGGGAUGUGGACUGUCACAGCUGACUGGCUUGUUCACACAUGGAGCAUCUCUUCAAGUCCUUCUACUCCAGGACAACCCACUGAUGAAUACUUCAACUACAGAUUUCAAAGGCCUCUUAGAAUUGAAAUAUUUGGCUCUUCCUAUGGACAGUGACUGUCCAGGGGGCAUGGGUGCGUGGGAGAUGACCAAUACAACAGCUAAUGAAACACUGUGUCUACAGGAGCUGGACUUCUGUCUCGUACAUAAUGUGUCUUGCCCCUCCAAUUCCUACUGUGCUAAUACAGGUCCAGGGAUAACUGAGUGCCUAUGUUUACCAGGCUACCAUGGAUACAAGUGUCUCAGAAAGGGCACAUUUCCCACAACAGUGUUUACUGCUGGAAUGGUGGGAUCAACAUUAUUUGUGGCAGGCCUACUCUGGUUCACACAAAGACAAAGUGUGAAAAAACAAGUGUAAAAAUAUCCAAUCUCAUCCUUCCACAGUCUGUCUUCCAAACAAUGCUGAGAGAACGACAGAUCCCAUCCACAACGCUCUGCUCCAUUCCACUCCAACAUCAAUGUCACUCAUACAGAUAGAAUCUGAUAAACUGCCAUACUGUUCAAAACAUUUAAUUCUUUCAUCAGCCCAGCUGAUAAGUGUGACUGGUAAUGUAAAUGCAGAGGCCAUCCCAUUAUUUUACCUUGACUGUGUCAAUUUGUGAUGUUUGUUCAUGGAUGUUCAAUGUUAUCUCACACUUGUGUGGAAAUGCAUUCCAUGUUAUCUCACAGUGCAAUACACCAUGUACAUAGUGUACAAAGUCCGAGAAAUAUAUGUUAACCUGUGUCAUUGUUUCAUGUGGAACUUGCCUUGAUACAUUUGCCACUGACUGGAAAUAAAAGAAUGCUAAUUUCAAGCAGAUUGUCUGCUAUGCAAA